CGAUGCUCGUCUGAUGACGUUGGGGCUGAGAGGGGAGACGCCAUAUUGGAAUCGGGCAGAGCUGACAGACAAAAAAAGAGAAUAAAUAUAAGACAAAUCGGAGAGAAAUCGCCGCCAUCACGGGUGGAAGUGAAUACAUUCAAGACCUUUUUAUGAAAAAGGAUUUACGUGAAAGAAUAUUGUCUACUAAGCAUCAGUGCAAGUGACUGCUUGACUUUUUAAAGACUCAUACGAGUGCUUGCUUUGAUUGCAACAAGAGGACUCGUAUAUAUUGAGCGAACUUUAUUAUCUCUUCAUUUGAAGAGGUUUAAACUAUUACAGUUUCUGUAUGAACAUUGGGCUGUAAACUGAACCUGCAUAUAUAUAUAUAUAUAAUUAAAAAAUAUAUAUAUAUAAAAUGACCACAGCCAGGACGGAAAAUCCCGUUAUUAUGGGUUUGUCUACUCAGAACGGGCAGUUGAGAGGCCCACUGAAAUCCAGUACAGUCCCAGGAGGCGUACCACCACAGCAAGUCGCACAGACCAACCAACAGCUACAGCAACUAAAGAAUGCCAGCACACUUAAUGGCACUCAGCAGCAAGCACAUACAACCAGCAGUACUAUCAAACCAGGGGAUGACUGGAAGAAAAGUUUAAAGUUGCCUCCAAAAGACAGGCGGAUGAAAACUUCGGAUGUUACUGCCACAAAAGGAAAUGAAUUUGAAGAUUAUUGUUUGAAACGCGAGUUGCUAAUGGGCAUUUUUGAAAUGGGUUGGGAGAAACCAUCUCCAAUUCAGGAGGCAAGUAUUCCUAUUGCAUUGUCUGGCAGAGAUAUAUUGGCCAGAGCCAAAAACGGAACAGGUAAAAGUGGAGCCUACCUCAUUCCAUUACUUGAAAGGCUGGACCUGAAGAGAGACUGUAUUCAAGCUAUGGUGAUUGUGCCUACCCGAGAGCUGGCACUGCAAGUCAGUCAAAUCUGUAUCCAAGUCAGCAAACACAUGGGUGGUGUAAAAGUGAUGGCUACCACAGGAGGAACCAAUCUCCGGGAUGACAUCUUAAGACUCGAUGAGACUGUCCAUGUGGUGAUUGCAACACCUGGAAGAAUCCUGGAUUUGAUUAAGAAGGGUUUGGCUAAAGUGGACAACAUACAGAUGAUUGUACUUGAUGAGGCAGACAAACUACUGUCACAGGACUUUGUACAGAUGAUGGAGGAUAUAAUUUCUACGUUACCAAGAACCAGACAGAUCUUGCUUUACUCUGCCACGUUCCCACUCAGUGUACAGAAAUUCAUGAAUUCGCAUUUACAGAAACCGUAUGAAAUUAACCUGAUGGAAGAGCUGACAUUGAAAGGAGUAACCCAGUACUAUGCCUAUGUUACAGAACGGCAGAAAGUGCACUGUCUCAACACGCUCUUUUCUAGGCUUCAGAUUAACCAGUCAAUUAUAUUCUGCAACUCUUCCCAGCGAGUAGAGCUGCUGGCCAAGAAAAUCUCUCAGCUGGGUUAUUCCUGUUUCUACAUUCAUGCUAAAAUGAGGCAGGAACAUCGUAACCGUGUGUUCCAUGAUUUUAGAAAUGGAAUGUGUCGCAAUUUGGUUUGCACUGAUCUGUUCACUCGUGGUAUUGAUAUCCAAGCUGUGAAUGUUGUAAUAAAUUUUGAUUUCCCAAAGAUUGCGGAGACCUACCUACAUCGCAUUGGCAGAUCCGGACGUUUUGGCCAUCUGGGCUUGGCAAUCAAUCUCAUCACAUAUGAUGACCGCUUUAAUCUGAAGGCCAUUGAGGAACAGCUUGGAACAGAGAUCAAGCCCAUCCCUGGCAGCAUUGAUAAGAGUCUGUAUGUUGCAGAAUACCACAGUGAGCCAGAUGGAGAGGAUAAACAAUAACUUCAAACUAAAUCGGCCCGAUCACAGAAUACAGAAACUGAAGAAUUUUUUUUGCCUGUUCUGGAACACAUCAUUUCUUGGGAUGCCCUUCUCUUUUUUUUGUCUAAGACAACACCAAUCUCCCAUCUAUUUUUCUUUGUUUGAUGACACAAAGUGUAGUUCCUGAUUUGUGAAGGACCAUUUCUUCCUGAGCUCAAUGGUUUGCACUGUGUGCAGGGAGUGGACAACUAUUGCACUAACUGGCACGGGAGAUCUAGACUAAGCAGCACUGAAGAGCUGAACUGAACAGUGAACAGCACACUUUGUUACCUUUUUCCUUUCUUCCUUUUCUUUUACCCCUCCACUUUGUUUUUGCUGAAGCCACUGACCAGGAUAUUCAUCUGAUGGCUUCUCAACUUCUCCCAGUGCACGUACUCGUCAGUCUUAGGCUACAAAGUUUUUAUGGUAUUUGUAUAAAGUGCCUUAAGGUGAUGCAGGACCAUAUGAAUACCAUCCCUACGUUAUAGUCAUCCGUCUUUUUUUUGGGGGGGAGGAGGGUGGGUGUAUUGGGGGGGGGGG